ACGGAGCCGCCCCCGCACCCCCGGGAUGCGGCUUUGCCACUGCGGCCGCCCCGCCGCCCCCGGGCUCGGCAGGGCCGGGGCAGCUCCGGCCUGAGGAGCCGUGGCGGUGAAUGGGCGGAGCGGGAGGAGCCGGAGCCGCCGCCGCCGCGAUGGCUCAGGAGAAGAUGGAGCUGGACCUGGAGCUGCCGCCGGGGAGCGCCGCGGGCCCGGGCGACGGCGGCGGCCUGAGGAGGUCGAACAGCGCCCCGCUGAUCCACGGGCUCAGCGAUAAUUCACAGGUGUUCCAGGCCAACGUCUUGCGAACCCGCAGGAACAGCACCACGGUCAUGAAUCGGCACAGCCCGUUUGUGCCAUCGUCUCCUAUCCGUAUUCCCAGCAGCCGCCUGCAUCAAAUCAAACAGGAAGAAGGGAUGAAUCUGCUGAACAGAGAAACAGUUCGUGAAAGAGAAGUGCAAGUAGCAAUGCAGAUGAGCCACUCAUGGGAGGAGAGCUUGAGCCUGAGCGACAAUGAUUUUGAAAAAUCACUAUCACCAAAACAAGUAGACUUUGUUCCAGUUUCUCCAGCUCCUUCACCUACAAGAGGAAUAGGGAAGCAAUGUUUCUCACCAUCCUUGCAAAGUCUGGUCAGUAGCAGUGGAUUGCCUCCAAGUCCCAGCCCAAGUCCAACAAGGAGAUUUUCAAGCAGGAGAAGCCAGAGUCCAAUUAACUGCAUUCGACCGAGUGUUCUUGGAUCAAUAAAAAGAAAAGGUGUGACAGAGAUGGAAGAUCAUCCCAAAAGAUUAUUCCAAGGAUCCACCAACAUGCUUACCCCUGAAGCUGCACAUCAGGCAGACCUUGGGGGAUGUCUGUCCUCACACGCCCUCGAUGACAACAGGAGCAGUGCCGGCUCCUCCUGUGACUCCCCAGCAGAAGUUGGCACCAGCACAGACUCUCCAGUCUCGCUCUCUGACUCCAGAUCCUCCUUUUUACCAGUAGAUCUUACGGCCAAGUUACCCAUUAACUGAGGAGCAGGAGUCUGCUGAUGGACACCAGGAAACAGGCUGGAUAUCACCGAGACUUUCUGUUGUGUGUAACCGAUUCUGUUCCUCAUAGGAACUUCCAGGAAUGUCAUUAUUUCUAGAAAACUUCCAGAGUAGUUCCUUGAGGAGGAAUUCAUGUUUCUAGUGAUUUGUAUGACAUUUACUAAAAUAACAGCAAGCAUUUGGGUUGCAGACUCAUUGGAUGUUCACAUCAGCCAGCAAGAUGUGGAUUUGCCAUGGAUAUUGUCUCCUUGGUAUGAAUUACAAAGGCUGGAUGUGCAUCCUGCUUGUGGAAGACUUGGCUUGCCAGCAGCCAGUGUCCUCCCUCAUAUAAUGUGGUGCUUGUGUAGGAGCAGAUAACUGUCAUAUUUGUCCUCAGUCUGAAACCAGUGAAUCAGCUUACUAAUUGUUUUUAUUCCCAGAGUGUUAGAUAUUUAUAUUUUUUAGUUCUUCAUGUGUAAGGGGGAAUACUGGGGUGUGGGGGGGAAUUGUUCUGAUUGGCUCUUAAUCAAUUCUAUGUUCCAAUGGAUGUCCAAAGAAGAAGUUGGUGAAUUGUCAACAUAAAUUUAUAUGUUGGAUUUUAUAUGACUGCUGUUUUGGCUAAAUCUAAAUUAGGUGUGGAACAUUCUUCUGGGGUUUUGUAUUAUUUUCUUCCCCAUUUAGAUGAUGUAUUGCAGUGGUAGAUGCUCUGUUAAAGGUCUUUUAAUAGGGAAAAGUAGUGGUAAUAUUUGGAACAAGACAUUAAAUCCUGAGGCUUUAGUAUUUAGUACUUCAGAAAUGCGUUAUUUUAACAGUCAGUAUUUGUCCUCCUAUAUGACUUGUGUUGGACAGAUACAGUGAGAAAUCUUGAAUGUCUUUUUACAGGCUGAGGAGAUCAAACCUGUUUAAUCUGUAUUUAAUCUCCUGAUGUCACUUCGUCAAACAAUGACAUCAAGUCCUUUCUGCUGUUGAAAACUUCAGAUGCUGAUUGGAAGCUGGAAUCUGGUAAUCUGAGAUGUUUGAAAAGUCAAUGUGUUGAGGCAUCCUGAUCUCAACUCUGAGAUUCCCCAAACAGGAGGAAAAAUAUGCAGGCCCCCCUAUAGACAGCUGUCUGUAGAGAUCUUCCAGUGGCAACCUCAUUUAGGUUUUGGGCUCCUGCUGUGCAUCCGAACUUCCCCAGCUGGGUCCCCAUUUGUACAUGCCUGUGCUGUGUGGUUCCAAACCUUCUCUUCUGAGAGGUUUAUAAUGAAGCAAAACGUUUUAUUUUUAAACACUAAAUCUUUGUAGCGUGUCAUGAAGCAAGAAAAGUAUGGAAACAUCCUCAAGAAGGAGAAAAACCUGCCCUGAACUCUGCUGUGAAAGAUUCACAUGGGUGAAGCUUUGAUGGGCAGCAGCCAUCCAAAGCAGAAGUGGAUGACUUGGAGCGCAAAGACCCGGCGACCUGAGGGCCAAUGACCCGUUUCCCUGUGUCCUUAUUGUAGAGAGAAAAUAGAAUGUAUUUAAUAGUCUGACGCUGUUCUAGGAAGAUACGACAUGGUUUACUUCUGAUAUCAUUCCUCUUAAAUUAUUGUAAUAUCCCCUUGCUGGUUGCAGUUCCUCUCUGAGGUCCAGCUGCCCUUUGUCCCUGUGCAGACGGACACGUGAGGGUUGGUGUCUGUUUGUCUGACAAGGCAAAGUUUGGUUUUGCAAUUUCAGGUAUGUGCCAAAGAGUUGCUGUGCGUUCACUCUUCUGUGGUGAGAGCAAGACUCUUUUUUAAAAAAAUCUUGCUUAUUUCUUAAGAAUGAACCUCCUGGUGUCUCUUCGAGUCUUUGUUAAAAGAUUCAUCAGUGGAGGGGUUUCAUAGCUGCGUGUGGGUCAACUUGUCUCUUCUCUGUUGAAUAUUUAUGCUAUUUUUCAAAUAAGUGCCAAUAAAUGGAAAAGUAAAUGUGUUUUGCUGUUUCUGCACUUUGUUAGAUAACCAUAUUCUUUUUUGUUCAUCUGGGAUUAAAUGCUUUCUUUAAAAAUCAGAAUAUCUGUUGUAAUUUACUUCCACCCAGUCCAGCUUACAUUUAAGUUUGCCUUAAAAUCUGCAGCAGACUUACUUGUGUUCCUAGUGCAAUGCUGUCUUACAGGUCUGUGACAACCCUUGGGAUAAAGGAGAAUAAACCCAAACAUUUUCAAAAUA